GGUUUGACCUUGCUGUUGCUGACGCCGCAGCUCGAAAUGGUGCGGGCCCGACACCUUGCGUGGAAUCGGGUACCGGGUAGCAGGUCGCAGUCCUUGGGAUCCAAGGCGGUGGUAGAAGAGCUGUUUGGAGUGUGGUGCAAAGCUCGAAGGGUCUUGUUUUUUGGGGGGUGUGAGAGGCUCAAGAGACGAAGGUUUGCAUCGUUUCUAUCAUUCAAAGGCAAGCCUGGCAGGAUGCCACGGAGGCUGGGUUCUGUUCUCUCGAAGAAACACGGGUCGGAGAGGCCGCAGGAAGAUGUGGCCGCAUUUCUGGAACGGAGCUCUUGUGGCAGUGGGUGGACAUAGUCUUCUUGCUUCAACAAACUGAACUGACAGACUUCUUGCUUCAAAGGACCAGCCAAAGUGGUGUCGGGUUUCAGCCAUGCUGGCGAGCCUGAGAGAUGCCAGCGUUGGCGGAGAAGCUUCCGGCAGCCGCAGGGGCAGACAAGCCUUGUGGCUUGGCGAGGGCCCGUGGUUGUUCAGAAUGGAAGGGCCCCACUCCACAACCAAACCCAAUGAGGUCUCUGUGAAGAUCCCAGGUGGAAUGUCAGGCCCACGGCCGUUGGCUCAAGAAGCAUUGAGUUCGCCAAAUCUAGUUGCUUUCGCUGAUGAAGCUGCGAGCGUGGGUGCUGUUUCUGGCGAGCAUCUCCUUUCGGAACGCCCUCGGAGUGCGACAACGAACGCCCAAGGCAAAGAUUGCAUGUGUGGGGGACAGCCUGACGGCUGGCUAUCCCUUCGAUUCGGGACGGGGACCGGAUGCCUCGGUCUCUGGAUAUCCCUACCACUUGCAAGAGCUGCUGGCAGAUGAAGGUUAUGAGGUGCGCAACUUCGGCAAGGGCGAGACGACGGUGGUGAGCGGCAGCAAGAGCUAUCGGAGCGGCUGGUACAACGAGACCUGGCAGGAGGCGCUCCGCUGGAAGCCCGAUCGAGUCUUGCUGAUGUUCGGCGCCAAUGAUGUGAAAGAGAGUCGCCUCAAAAAGUUUGAGAACGAGUUCGAGGACGCUUUUACCCAGCUGAUCCAGUCUUUCUUGGAUCUGGAUCCACCACCGGUCUUGGCGCUUCUCAUUCCCCCACCCAUGUACGACAACAACAUCUAUGGACCCGAAUUCGACCCGCCGGGCCGCGCGGGUGGCAUGCAGCAGAAGGUCUACAACCAGCAACUUCCUUUGAAGCUGCAAGAACUGGCGGAGCGGAUGCAGGUUUCCUUGAUUGAUCUCCAUGAGUGCUUCUUGAAGCAUGAGUCCUGCACUGAGAAAAGAAGCUGGCCGCAGACGUCGCUGUGAACUGCUGCGACUGGGAGGCGCCCAAGCCGCCGAAGCGGCGCGCUCGGCCCCACGCAGCGGUCCAGCAGUGUGCGGCGCACGAUGAUGCGAUCCACCCCAACGAUGAAGGCUAUCGGAACAUCGCGUUGAUGGUACAGAGGGCGAUGGAUGGAAAAGACGUUUGCUGAAGCUUCGUGGGCUUCGCCUCCAGCCCCGGGAGCAGUGGAGGCGCGGCCACGCCGCUGUGAUGCACCUCCUUCGGGAUGUGCACGUGGAAGAUCCUCCAAAACAGCCCCCCAGGCUGGCUGUGAGCUGGCGACGUGCGAGCUGGGCGUAAAAAGCUGGCUGGAAGAGAUCUCGAACAAUUUCUUCCUGUCCACUGCAUGACUCUACACAAGCGGGCCUAAGAAACCAUGUCUGGGUUAUGAC